GCUGGGUGGGCGGGAUCUGGGCAGGCCUCCCAUCCCGGGACAGGAGCAGGGCAUUGCAACUGAACAACACAGAGUCUCACUGGCCCUGGAGCUGCUGUCCUUCCAGAAUGUGGCUCUAUUCUGUGGUCUUGGCCUUUCUCUCCACGAGCACUGCUUGGGCAGGACACCCAUCCUCGCCCCCCGUGGUGGACACUGUUCACGGCAAAGUCCUGGGGAAGUACGUCAGCCUGGAAGGAUCUGCGCAGCCCGUGGCCGUCUUCCUGGGCGUCCCCUUUGCCAAGCCCCCUCUUGGGCCCCUGAGGUUUGCUCCACCGCAGCCGGCAGAGCCCUGGAGCUCUGUGAAGAACACCACCUCCUUCCCUCCUAUGUGCUCCCAAGAUGUUGAGAUGGGGCAGGUCCUCUCAGAGCUCUUUACCAACAGGAAGGAGAACAUUCCCCUCCAGUUCUCUGAAGACUGCCUCUACCUGAACAUUUACACUCCCGCAGACCUGACCAGGAGAAGCAGCCUGCCGGUGAUGGUGUGGAUCCAUGGAGGUGGCCUGGUGGUGGGCGGGGCAUCCACCUAUGAUGGACUGGCCCUCGCUGCCCAUGAGAACGUGGUGGUGGUGACCAUUCAGUACCGCCUGGGCAUCUGGGGGUUCUACAGCACUGGGGAUGAGCACUGCCUGGGGAACUGGGGCCACCUGGACCAGGUGGCUGCUCUGCGCUGGGUCCAGGACAACAUUGCCAACUUUGGAGGGAACCCGGGCUCUGUGACCAUCUUUGGAGAGUCAGCAGGAGGACAAAGUGUGUCUAUUCUUGUGUUAUCUCCCCUGGCCAAGAACCUCUUCCACAGGGCCAUUUCUGAGAGUGGAGUUGUCCUCACUGCUGCUUUGGUCAAGAAGAACAUCAAGCCCGUGGCUAAGCAAAUUGCUAUUGCUGCUGGGUGUAAAACCACCACGUCGGCAGUCAUGGUUCACUGCAUGCGCCAGAAGACCGAGGAGGAGCUCUUGGAGAUGACAGUAAAAAUGAAACGUCCUGGUCUUACUCUCCAAGGAGAUCCUGGAGAGGACCAACCAUCCCUGCUCACUGUGGUUGACGGAGUGUUGCUGCCCAAGACACCUGAAGAGAUUUUGGCUGAAAAGAAUUUCAACACUGUCCCCUACAUGGUGGGAAUCAACAAGCAAGAGUUUGGCUGGAUCAUUCCGCUGGUAUUGUUGGGCUACCCGCUCUCUGAAGGCAAACUGGACCAGCAGACGGCCACGUCCCUCCUGUGGAAGUCCUUCCCACUUGUCAACCUCUCUAAGGAACUGACUCCAGUGGCCACUGAGAAAUAUUUAGGAGGGACAGACGACCCUGUCAAAAAGAAAGACCUGUUCCUGGACUUGAUGGGAGACGUGCUUUUUGGUGUCCCAUCUGUGAUUGUGGCCCGUGACCACAGAGAUGCCGGAGCCCCCACCUACAUGUAUGAGUUUGAGUACAGCCCGAGCUUCUUAUCAGGCGUGAGACCCAGCACGGUGACAGGAGACCACGGGGAUGAGCUCUUCUCGGUAUUUGGAGCCCCAUUUUUAAAAGGGGGCGCCUCAGAAGAGGAGACCAAGCUCAGCAGGAUGGUGAUGAGAUUCUGGGCCAACUUUGCUCGCCAUGGGAACCCCAAUGGAGCCGGGCUGCCCCUCUGGCCAGAGUACGACCAGGAGGAAGGGUACCUGCAGAUUGGCGCCACCACCCAGGCAGCCACGCGGCUGAAAGACAAGGAAGUGGCUUUCUGGACUGAGCUCAGGGCCAGGGAGGCCUCAAGGAAACCUCCCCAGAGAGAACAUGAGGAGCUGUGACGGGAGGCUGAGCCAGCCUGGGGAUUCUGGAGCAGAGGACAGGGGUGCACAGGCCACAGAGGAGUCCUAACGUGGAGGCUGGGGAACUGUGGGGUGGGGUGGCAGAGGCCUGGGUGGGGAAGGUUUGCACUGUGGCCUCAACUUGGAGAAUAAAUGAUUUUCUGGAGACCACAUCAGCGUCUGCGUCUUGGGCUGGAGGUGAGUCCAUCCUCCCAGGGAGAGAAGGAUGAAGAGAGAGGUGGUUCCAGGAAGCUGCCCCUGCAGAGAGAUCUGAUGAACGAAAGCCUGAAAUCUGCCGGAGGAGAGGUCCUCCUGGACCGCGGCUCACAUGCCGGUGGAAGGUGUCAUCACAGGUGUGCGGAGAGCAUUCAGGACAGUGCCACAAGCCCUGUGUGGGCCAGGAUGCGAGUGUAAACUCGCUGGGAACCACAGCCCCAGGGGGAGCUCACACCCACGUAGACUCUGAUCCCUGGACAUCUCUCGGGUGCUCACGGGAGAUAUUGGAGGCAGGUGGAAAGGCUGGAGAAAGCCUGUCUCUGGGGGUGCAGGGACAGAGCCCUACUCAGACCCUUUACCACAAAGGAACAAAAUCCUACAGCCACUGGGAAAAAGCAGUGAACCUGAUCUCCCUCAGGGCCCCGGUGAGCACCUACUGAGACCAAGGAAAAGAUCGUUAGCGACUUUUUGUGCUGGAGAUGGGCAGCAUCAUGGAGAAGAUCAUAUCUCCAAGUCUGAGGAACACAGGGUCCCCCUUAGACCGAGGCUAGAACAAGACGCAAGAGCCACAGGGCACUGGGCCAGCAGACAUAAGGUCCCAAGCCCCAGACAGAAGUGCAGAGAGAGGGCAGGUGGCCAGGGCCAGCAAACACCCCAGCCAUCACAUAAAAGAUGGGACAUAACAAUUUAAGACCUGACGUUGCAAAAAGGUAUCUAAAACCUCAUGGGACUAUUAUAUUAUUUGAAGAUAUAUAUUUUAAUAUGAUUAUUCAAACACUGAACAUUUCUGAAGAGAUCUGUGUAAUAAUCCAAUCGUGGAGAUUAAAUGGGAUCAUAAAACCUUUUCAACCUCAAAACAAGCCAACAGGAAAAAAGGAACAGGUGAACCAGUUUCCAUCCAAGAUGCCUGAUUUCCAUCCAACCAUUUAAUAAUUCUAUUAAAUAAAAAUGAUUCAAACUCA